AUGCCAUAUAUAAAACCUGAACUGGCUACAGCUUCCAGUUCAGAGAAGCCGCCCAGCAAUGCCUUUGAGCAACUAGUUCAAGAUCUCAGCGAAGCUCUAGGGCCUAGCUCGGGUCUAGACUCCGAUGAUGUCGAUCCCCUCAACAUCCAGCUCCUAAUGGAAUGCUAUACCUCGAAUCCAGAAGAAUGGCAACAAUUCGCCUUGGGGGACCCCAGUAGGAGAUACACGAGGAACCUCAUCGACGAAGGCAAUGGGAAGAGUAAUCUACUGAUUCUGGUUUGGAGUCCGGGUAAAGGGAGCGUGAUUCAUGACCACGCCAAUUCUCAUUGUGUGAUGAAGAUCCUCAAAGGCUCUCUCCAGGAGACUCUAUAUGCGUGGCCUGACAAAAAUAAGAUCAAUCAAGGCGAGCCAUCGCCUCCCCAGAUCAAAAGGGUCACCACUUACGACGAGAACCAGGUUACAUAUAUGUCUGAUAAGCUGGGUCUACACAAGGUAUCCAAUCCAGAUCCCGACAAUUUUGCUGUGUCCUUGCAUCGUAUGUAUCCUGUUUUCUUAUAA